GCACUUCGCAAUCCCGUAAUCGCAGUUAGAUCUUCUAAUAUAACGAACACGCUUUGAGUUUGCAGUUAUUAGGUUCCUAUUUUAUACAGUUAUCAUUCGAUUCAGUACAGACUAGGAGAAGAUUGUUUCGCACGGAGACUGCAGUUAAUCACAGACCGAGAAGGGAAAUUCUGCAUCGUUCCGUGGCGACUGGCGUUUGAAACAUCGCAUUGAAUCGGAUGCGCUCCGUUGCUGGUCGCGUAUGAGCAGGAACAUGCAUCUGCACGGAGACGACGACUACCCGCUGUUGGCAUGGAACGCCGUGGACGUUCUCGUCGACGGACACCUGCAGCACGGCUACGUCAUUAACAAGGCCCAAGGUGGCCUGAUUAUUGAUUUCCGUUGUUCUGCGCAACGUGCGCAGUUGAUCGAGUACGGACGCAUCUUUCGUCUGACUACCUUUUCGAGCCUAACCGAAAACGUGCCGCGGACAGCGGUGCAGGUGCUGUUGCGCCGUCCGCCCGACGGCGCGUUGAUCUGGUAUUCGGGAACGGUGGUCAGCCUGGGAUCCUAUUCAAAUGACGCUUUUGAAACCGUGCAAGUGCAGCUGCCCCACGGCACAGUUCAGGAGUGGGUUCUCCGCGGCCAACUGUGUCCUCUGUCCUCGGUGGUGAAUCUGGAGAAGGGACGCGUCGAGGAGAAACACUUUGUGCUCCGUAGUUGUCACUUGCCCGCAGCUUUCUGCGCCGAUGGGUCGCCGCUUCUCGGAGAGAUCUUCCAGUGGCAGUUGACGCGACGAUUCGAUGCCAGGAGCGUCGCCUUUAACCGUUCGACGCUGUGGUAUUUGCAGCGUCAGUAUGCCAGUCCAGUGACAGCCCGCCAAGUGGAAAGCGUCUACGCCUGGGCGAAACAACAAGAAGCCAGUGGCGGCACAUUGUGCACAUCCCGGACAGCGCAGCAGAUACUGCGUCGAGUAGCUCAGCAACGAAAUGUUGAUGAUCCUGAUGGAGGAGUUUGGCCGCUACCGCCUGAGCUGGUGGUAGCGGUCUUCCAGUCGCUGGAUUCCAUCGAACGGUUCCGCUGUCGUCGUGUGUGUUCACUGUGGAACAGUAUUCUUACCACGGAAGCAUAUUUCCCCGACGUACGAGUAUCGGGCAUCGAUGCGGAUUACGAAAUGCCUUUUAAUGCUAACGACCUGUUUUGGGCGCCGGCGGGCCUGCUAAAAUGCCUCAGCCACACCACCACGAUGGUGGUUAUUUCGGAUAUGACCUUUUUCUCCUGCAAAAACAUCCAUCACCUGUUCCAGCACAUCCUCAACGCCAGCCGCGUACAGACGCUGGUGUUGCGUGGCUGCGGUAACCCUGCGGCCGAGAACGUGUUCCAGGCCGUGGCGGAUCUGGCUGACUUGAUCGUGCGAUGCUGGCCGACGUUCGAUCGCGUUAUACUGAAGAACUGCAGCAUCUGUGAUGCCGAUCUACGGGCAGUGAUUGCGCAGCGUUCGUUCAGCACCCAUUCGUACAUGCGGCAGGAUAUCGCGCUGCAGUUGGUGGAUCUCAUGGAAAACAGUCUGGCUGUUGAGAAGCAGCUGGACCGACCGGCAUUGGCGGAAUGGAUGGCUGACGUUGUUGCGAGAGGAGCAGAUUGUUAAGGUCAUUCGGGAUCUGAAUUACUACCAGAGUUGGGAUCCUCGCCCGACGACUGCCUACCGCGGGCGAAUGUGGACCGUGUCGACCAUCUCCGAUUUGGAUGUCAGCCAACUGACCACAUUAACUGCCACGGUCUUGUGUCUACACAUUGCUUCAGCCGACUGAAAGACAAUACCGAUGUGUCAUUUAAUUCGUAAUGCACCGGCCGACCACAAGGUCCACAAGUAUUGUUAUAAGAAGGAAUGCAGAGACUGUUUUUUUAAACGGUUCGUUCUGUUUAUUGACUGUUCUGAGUUCUGACCAGUACCAUGAGUGCAGCAUAAAUAUGCAGUUUUAUCGGACUUUAGUUGUGGUUCUU